GGGAGUACCCGUUGUUUGCAUUGUCUAACAAGCGCACAUUAAUUGAUGCGGAAGGCUACGUGACUCGAGAACAAAAUAGGCAUGAGAUCGCAAAUACUCGAAUAUUCAAAUCACAUCGGCCAUCUAUAUAGCAUAUCCGUCAUAAUUGUAUUAUUUUCAAAAGUCAGACUAUUUCCCUCGUGCCAUAUACAAACUCGGCCCGUUGUGAAGUUCAAUAUCACUCUGAGAUGUUCUGGAUUUGUCGGUUCAUAAUAUAACGUUUUUUAUUAUUACUUCCGGAGCAUUAUUUACACUGAUUUACAAAAUAUGUGUCACGAAAAAUUAAACAGACAGAAAAAAAAAGAAAAGGAAAUAUUUGCAGGGAGUUGCCUCUGUCAGUGGGUGUUGGUGUGAUACCGCCCCGACUGAUUAUUGUGUACUUACAUCAAAUACUUGUAAUAUUCAUCACGUGAUUAGACUCUCUCGUCCGUGCUCUCAAAGCAUUGCCUAUUAAGCCCUAUGUAGAACGAAGCGGCUGGAAGUCUAACAGGGCAAAUGCUCUUCCGUUAAUUAUACUGACGCUGAUGAUGAAGUUGGAUGUUCCAUUUCGUCGCCGGCUGCAGCAGCACGAGAACAAGAUGGCGUUCGUUUUACUUUCGAUAUUCGCUUGUCUGGCAGCUAUGUGUGGUGUUUGUGUCGGAGAACGAUGCAACUUUGACUUUAACCUAUGCAACUACACUCAGGACACCACGGAUCAGUUGGAUUGGGUCAGGAUAAACGGUGCAUCGUCUGUGGAUGAUACUGGACCAUCCGCCGACCAUACACAUGGGACAUCACAAGGAUACUAUGUCUACACCAAUGCCGGCUUCCCUCAAAUUGCUGGACUGGUUUCUCGACUAAUCAGCCCACCCAUAGCUGUUUCAGGGCCCAGUUGUCUUCAGUUUUAUUACUACAUGCACGGUGCUCAUAUGGGCUCUCUUCGAGCGUACACGGGUGUCGACUCGUCAAGUCCAGUAUGGAGCCGCUCGGGAAACCAGGGCAGACAAUGGUUCAGGGGUGUGGCUACUCUAGAUCCUUCAUCUAGUGCUAAUAUUCAGAUCGUCUUUGAGGCAGUCACUGGCCCCGGGAUAUUAUCUGACAUCGCAAUCGAUGAUGUUGAAGUUCUUGACGGAGCAUGCCCUAUAGAAAACAUGAGAUGUGAAUUCGAGGAUGGCAUAUGUGGUUUUACCCAGGAUCAGACGGAUAACUUUGAUUUCUUGAGGAAACAAGGACAAACUCCGACCGUUACCGGAGGACCUGAUGUCGAUCAAACCUACGGAAAUCAAACAGGGCACUACAUCUACAUCGAAGCGAAGGGCAACGACAACCACGGGUCCGACAAGGCGCGCAUCAUCUCGCCCAAAAUACGCGGUAUUCAAGCCAACGACCGCGAGGCCUUCUGUGUGGUGUUCUGGUAUUACAUGUUCGGUGAUACGGUAGGGGAGCUUAACGUCUACCUGCGCAACGAGAGCUCUCCGAACCUCGGCCGACCGAUCUGGGGGCUGGCAGGGGCUCGAGGAGAAACGUGGAGGGCGGCUGAAGUGGAGCUCAAUACGCCUGAAGAUUUCUACGUUGUAUUCGAAGCAAUGCGUGGCAUAAGCUUGUAUGGUGCUAUUGCCAUCGAUGACAUCGAGAUCACCAGCUACGGUUGCCCCGGACAUCACGUCAUCAAAAAUGUAAGCAGUGUGUCCUGUGACUUCGAAGAAAUCGAGAUAUGCUACUACACGCUUGAUUCAACCGGUAGCAUUUCCUGGGAUUGGACGAACCGUGCAUCACCGGAAAGUAUUACAGGACCAUCUGUAGAUCAUACGACUGGCAACGAGCUAGGAUACUUCAUGUAUGUAUCCAGCUCCACUCUGAUAACUUCGGCGGACCGAGCUCGCCUCGUGUCGCCCGUCGCGAAGCGCCAGACGACCUUGUCCUGUGUAGAGUUUUGGUACCACUUGUAUGGCAGGGACACCGAAACGCUCAACGUUUACAUCAAACCCGAGGGAGAACCGCUGCCGAGCUCGUCCGCGUGGUCGUUGACGGGAAACCGGGGUAACUUCUGGCAUCGAGCGACAUUCAAUAUCCCGGCUUUCACCAACGAUUAUAGGCUUGUCUUUGAGGCUAUCCCUGGUGAUGAAGCGAGAGAUGACAUUGCAAUCGAUGACGUCAUGUUCUAUGAAGCCACACCUUGCCCUACACGUACCACCAUUCCGCCAGACCCGGUGACACCACCACCAGCAGUCAACUCCAUCGAUUGCGAUUUCGAAAGUAACUUUUGCGGGUACCAGCAAGAUUCCGAGAACGACCAGGCUGAUUGGGCUAGGGAACAGGGAAAGUACGUGAGAAGCUCUGAUAGGGGACCCCAUGUAGACCACACUCUCGGGACAGGCGAAGGUUACUACGCGAUGUUCGACCCAUCACUCUUUCAAAGCCUUAACCGGUAUGACGUUGCCGUACUAGUCUCUCCAUUCGUACAGGCAUCCAACCAACCUCGCUGCGUUCUGUUUUACGCAUUCAUGUACGGGUCCAAUGUGGACUAUCUAAACCUGUACAUUAGACCGUGGGGCACGACGCCUUCACUCGAUCCGCAAUUCUCGAUCUACGGAAACAUUGCCAAUGAAUGGCGACUUUACGGGAUGGACCUACCCGGUUCAAAAGAGAACUUUCAUGUAUUAUUUGAGGCAAAUAUCGGCCGCUUCAAGUCCUCUGGAAAGAUUGCUAUCGAUGACAUCGGAAUGGUCACUGGAAAUUGCCCCGAACAAGUUGCACCAACCCCGCUACCAUGGGGUGCAGACUGCGACUUCGAGCAGAACGGGACACUGUGCGGCUACACACAGCGGUCUACGGAUGCCUUUGACUGGACCUGGCACCAGGGAUCUACGGGAAGCACCAAUACUGGACCACAUAGUGAUCACACCCUUGGCACAUCAGAAGGUCACUACAUGUAUAUCGAGACCUCACUGCCGCAGCGUCCGGGAAACCUCGCUAGCCUCAUCUCCCCUCUGCUGAACAGCCAGAACACGGACACGUGUCUUCGCUUCUACUACCACGCCAUGGGAGAAGGUGACAUUGGUACUCUCAGGAUCAUAUUCAAAUUGGAAGGUCUUUCAUCCCUCGUUGAGCUCUUCCGGGUCACUGGAAAUAAAGACGAUCGUUGGAUACCAGUUAAUAUCGAUAUUCCGGCUUCAUCGACAGGGUUUGCCGAUUUCGAGGUUCGCUUUAACGGCUACAAAGGAAACAGCUUGAAAGGGGACCUCGCCAUUGACGAUAUUAAAUUCUUACGUCAGCCGUGUGAUGGGUACCCUACUGAAGGUCGAUGUAGCUUCGAGCAAGGUAUAGAGUACUGCGGCUAUACCCUAUUUACGACAAUUGACGUCACUUUUCCAACCUGGCAAUGGUACGACAGGUUAGCUCUCGAGGAAUCACCCCUGAAGAAUAUCACUUCGACAUCGUUCAUGUACUCGACGUCCAAUACCAGAAAUAUCUACCCGGUCAUGUACUCUGAUACCUACGAGCUUCGCGCUCGAGAUCAUUGCUUAACAGCAAGGGUUCUGUUCCUUAAUGAAUACAAAAUGCACUUGAGUAUCGCUGUCCAAAGUGGUACCAACGGCCCACGUAAUACUAUCGGCACUAUCAGCGGCAGACUUGACUCCGAGUGGGUGAACGAGGCGUGGAAAGUACCCUCGGAUUUCAUGGACGGACCGUUUCGGUUGGUGUUUACUGCCACCAUACAAGGUGGUUCUACCGGGAUCAUAGCCAUAGAUGAUGUGAAUUUCAGCCCUCAAUCGGGAGACUGCGGUCAGGAUGAUGGUGGAGGAACUUCGGCAAGGUCGUCCGGUUAUAGCGAAAAUCCAGGCCUCAUUGCCGGGAUCAUCAUCGUUCUCCUUCUUCUCAUCGCCGUGACCAUCGUCGCCGUUAUGAUACGUCUUAAAAGAUCGUUUACAGGGAAAUUUCCAAUAGUAAGCUUCAGUAACAAGCAGCCUGAUGAGCAGCCCGUCAUCAGUGACAGCGGGGGUGAUAACGAAAGCGGUAUCACGGGGACUUCAUUUACGUCAGCAACCAACGUCGACACAAGUCAAGCUUAACCUUUUUCAAUUUCUUUUAGUUAUUUUGCGCAAUAGAAUUAUUCGUUAUUAUUACUAUCAUCUAUCAUCAAAUUAAAAUUUAACGCUGAACUACUGCAGUAAGCCCUGCAUAUAUGAUUGUGGAGUAUGCGGUUUUACUCUUUAUCCGCUCAUUUAGUCUUGAAGAUAAGCUUGAGUUCUGGUAAUGAUAGAAAAUAAAUUCUCACAUAA